CUUCCAUAUACCGCGGGUGACCUCGCCGAAUAUAUAGAAAAUUUAAAAACGUAUCGCAAAGGGGAUCAACCAGAAUUGAUAAGAUUACAGGCGAGGGUACUUGGCUGGACUCACAUGGCGAGGGAAAUAUCUAAUAUAAAACUCGUAAAGAUAGCAUUCUCUCGUUUCGAGCAUGAAACUGAAACGCUUCAUUCAGUCCUGCCAGAAUCCCCUCUGCAUUUCGCGUUCGUCCCCUUCCAUCACCGACCGCGACAAAUCUGUUACGAGAUUUCCACCUUCAUCCUCGCCCACCUCGUGGCAUUGAAUUUGAACGGGAUGUAGAUUCCGCCGGACAACGAGGUGAGAACGACGACGUCGGUCAUUCGCGGUGCUACGUAACAGCUCCGACGUAAGGGUGAGAGACGAGGGAUGAUCCCCUCAGUCUCUUAUCGCGACCGGGCCGUGGGAUCCGGACUCCCAACACUUCCGUACUUGUUACACGCUGCGACGAACGAGAUCAACGUCUUGAGAAAGCUACAUCCUCAUCAGCAAUGUCCGUGAAACAUCACUAUGGAACAUCGGGGGGCUGAGUCUGACAGUUAUCGUGAGCAACGACUGAUUAAUCGCAGUGCUUCUGGAGUUCGGGGGCUCGUAAGAUAAUCCUGCGCUGAUUAAGGAAGAGGGAUGGAGAAGGUAUAGAAGAAGAGGAAGAGUCUUUAGGAUGAGAUCGUGACGCAGGAUGUCGAGCAGUGCCAGCGUCGGAAUUGUCAGCGAAACACGCAUUCGCGACAGGCAGUUCGCGCAGUGAUAGGAUCUGCCCCACUAUCCUGCACAUUGCCCUAGGACCAAAGCACCGUGAUCUCAAGUAACUUAAAAGACAGCUCUAUUUUUCGCAAAUGUACUGCUCUACACCGGAAAGCCAAUUGCUCCAGUUUUCGCAUAGGAAGUCCAUCUAAAACGUGAUCCGUUAUUAUUUCUCGUAUUUAUCAAAAGCAAACUAAACGGAACUGGCGUAUUGAUGGAAUCUACCUCCAUUGGACCGAUUGUACUCGAGAAGUACUCAGAAAAAGAAAUCGGAAAGGGCAGUGAUGAACAUGAAUAACUCUCUACAAUAAGAACCAGAGUAUAUAUCGUUUCUUGUUGUUGAGAUGCAACCGCGUACUAAAGGCACGUUAUCGAAAGUAACGAGAAUAAUUACGAGAAGGAUAAGAAAGAAUUAUCAGAUGCAAAACAAAAACGUUACGUACGAUUGUUAUCACAGGUAAAAAUAAAUAAAUAAUAAAUCGAUUAAUGAUUACCUGUGUAUCAAAGUAACGAAUUAUCACGAUAGAAAGAAGAAAAAAAGAGAAUUAAUACUGAGGAUAUGUUAAGGGAAGGAAGAUUGAUCACGUUACAUAUAGUCCAUACGUUUUCUGCUUUCGUCGACGAUACGAUCGAGAAUACGCGACAGCUUAACGGAGUUUUGAUCUACACAUUAAGAGUGGUGCUUGACGAACAAUACCCCGUUGCCUUGCCGAUGAGGAUUCAAUCAGAUUACCGAGAAAUAAGCUCAAGAGGUUGAGGAUGAGGGUGGACGGUCGAAGGCUUAUAUGCGACUUGCGCUUCUAAAUUGAUAAUACUUAACAAGCGCUCAUCAUCGCGCCGACAUUAUGGGGAAUGGCAUGAACAAGGUUCUUCCUGGUCUUUACGUGGGUAAUUAUCAGGACAGCAAGGACGCUGAUCAAUUGGAGCGCUUCGAGAUCACGCAUAUUCUAGCCAUCCACGACACGGCUCGUCGUCUGCAUUCUGACAAGCAUUACUUAUGCAUCCUGGCUGCUGACAGUCCUGACCAAAACUUAUCGCAAUACUUCUCCUUGUGUAAUGAUUUCAUUCAUGCUGCUCGUCUUCGUGGCGGAAAUGUUUUAAUUCAUUGUCUAGCAGGAAUGUCGCGGAGCGUGACGGUAGCGGUGGCAUACAUCAUGAGCACCACCGAUCUGUCCUGGAAAGAGGCGCUCAAAGUCGUCAGGGUGGGUCGUUCUAUUGCAAAUCCGAACGUUGGUUUCCAGCAGCAGCUCAAGGACUUCGAGUCCAGUCGUUUGCCGGAGGAGCGUCGCAGAUUGAAGGAGCGGUUUCCCAGUCUCGCCCUUGCAGAGUCUGACGCCGAAGCUUGCAGCUCCACUCUGAGGAAUUACGAAACACUGGCUCUAGCAAGAGAAGUGUGCGAGGGCAAAUGCGCUAUGGGACGCACUUGUCCGACUGGUCUUUGUCGUCAGGCUUCUAAAAGUCCGAGGAGGAAAUCAUCUACCAGCAGUGUUGGAAGUGUGUCCUCCGGCAGAACACCACCGCAAACACCACGAAUGCUACCAUCUGCGCCACCCUCGCCUGCCCUACAUAGAUCGGCCAGUGUUGUGUCACCGAGAUUGAGGAGUGCUCCAGCAGGAUUGCAUCCUUAUACCGGAGGAUCGGCUCCACCUUCCAGGGCUGUGUCGAGGGUGGACCUAUCAGCGGCAGUCGCUUGCAGCAGCAGCAACACUAGUCUCUCCGCCGUGGGUAGAUCGAGUGCGUUCUCUAGUAGCAACUGGAGAUUGACCGCUGGUUCCGCGCCGAAUACACCAAGACCAACGCCACCGGUUUCACCCCAACGCUGGCCGAGACGACUCUCGAAUCGACCGCAAUUGCCGGUACCGCCAGAUUCGCAUCCCUCGACGAUGACGUAGCAUCGGGAAAGUCUUGGUUCGUUGUGGAGCCUACUAGAAUAACGAACUAAAGGACAUCGGCGUGUCGUUCAAGAGUCGGUUGCCAUUAUUAUGCAUUGCUUAUUCUCGGCAAGAUAAAUUCCUCAUUCCAAACUCAUUGUCAUCCCAGCAUCAGCAUAGUCUUUAUUUAACACGGAUGAAACUUCAGGAGCAAUUAAAGAGAGACUUCCGACGAAGAUAUUCCUACGAAUUAUACAAUUACGAAGAUGUAAUGUCUUGCACUUGAUAGAUUUUGAAUCGGGAUUUUGAAUCGCGUGGAUGGCAAGAAUUCGCAAAGUUGUCGCGUCUGAAAUAAUCUAUGUGAUUCGGCGAUAUGAUAAUACGCCGGUCCACUGAACACGUCGCAUCCGGCGAGAUGAAGCAGAGUUGUUAUAUCAGAUACGCAUAUCUUGCGUCUGGGAAUUGUUGGUGACUUACUGAUUUAUACAAGUUGUUACAAGUUAUUGCUUAUACUUGGCGAGAAAGUGCUUUUAUCGCGAAUGGGAGACGAACUCUCUUCACAUGCAUCGAGAACAUUGUGUGUUUCGCGUAAGUGUGUUGAUUUCUAGCUCCACAAUUAAGUUCCAAAAACUUCAAAUAAUUCGCCAGUGAAGAAUGAUGUGUAAAAUAACUUUAUUAAUGACCUAGCUGACGACAAUUCGGAUCGGAAUGGCACUACGUUUCGGCUGAAAUUCCAGCCCUUAUCAAGUGCAACGAAAUUAAAGUAAGAAGUUACAUUUGGCAGAAUGUAACUUGAAAAUCCCUUCAGAGGUGGACAGAACACAACGACAAACAUUUCGAUCUGAAUUGUCGUCAGCUAGGUCAUUAAUAAAGUUAUUUUACACGUCCACAAUUAAGUGCUCAUCUUGAUUAUAGGAAGAAAUGUAUAAAUGCUACAUUGCUGACAAUCUGACAUUUAAAUGGGAUUUGAGUUAAGCGAUUGAUCGCAAGAAGUAAUGGGAUUGCUUGAAAAGAAUGGCGCGUUUGGAAUACGAAAUUAAUUCCUUGGGACGUUAUCAACAAUACGAUGUUAAUUGCGUAGAAUUAAAGUGUAUCAGGUCAUUUCACGCUUUUAUGGCGUCGCUCAAUCGCUAGUAAUGUCCUCGCUAAUGAUCCGCAAUUUUCAUCUGCCGAAGAUAACGCAUAAAUCAUUAUCAAUUAAUUGUCGAUUAUGAAAAAGUAUAAUUAUAAUCGUAAGUACUAUUCAAAGUGGUAUGAACGUUGCUUCAAGUUGGUAGGUAGCUUUCAAAAUUAAUUAUCCAAAAUGGAGAAUUAGUGAAGAAUAUUUUUUGAUACAGUGUAAAAAUGAGAGAGAGAGAGAGAGAGAAUUCAUGAAACGUGGACAUGCUCACAAAUACAUGCACGAUUCCAUGUAGUAUUCUACACGCGGACUCGACAAAGGACCGAAGAGAAGUCGAUUUCGCGUGCUUAUUCUUGCAAGGAACGAUGUAUUUUAUCAACCUGUUCCAUUAAUUUCGUUUGCAACCGUCCAUACAAUUGUUGGCUUUCUAGCGAAAUCGCACUAUUUUAUCGCGUGAUAUUCAAACGAAAAAGAAA